UGGUGUACCAAUAAAGACAAAACGAGGGAAACUGCUAACAUUGUAGUUCGUCAUGAAUUGAAUAAAACCCAUGCAGCACGAUACAUAAGAUUCGUUCCUGUUAAGUAUCACACGUGUAAGACGAUGAGAGUCAACGUGUAUUUCGUCAAUCAAGAAGCACCACGUGUUAACGCCACACCCUCUGAACGAUCAAUAUUUGUACGAUGGACUAUUCAGCCAUGUGGUAAACUAACUCAUCUUAUAACUGGCUACCUUGUGCACGUAAGCACUAAGGGAAAAUUUAAUGUUAGUUCAACAACUACAAGUAAAAACAUCACAGGGCUUCAACCAUACACUGAAUAUAAAAUACGAGUCAAGUCUGUCCCGUAUGGAUUAUGGAGUGAUAACAAGACCAUCCAGACUGACAUAGCAGUUCCACAGGGAAUCCAAAGCGUUGUUACGUUGAAAAAUCUCUCGUCAAAUUCUAUCAGCGUCACGUGGAAGCAUCCACAAAACCGUUCUAUCAACGGACCAUUAACAGGUUAUAGAGUAACUUACACAACAAACAAAGGCCAGACAAAGAAUGUUGACAUAGGUGUGGUCAACACGUGGAAUAUUACGUCACUAGAAAAGUGCACGUGGUACAGUGUAACGGUGUCAGUUAAUAACUCCAAGUACAUCGGUCCACCGAGUAAAAACGCCACUAUAAGAAUUGGAAAUGGUAUAAGUGUUGAUUUAGUCAUUUAUUGAAAAAACUCAUGAUGUAUUUGUCUCCGAUCACUUGUU